CGCGGUCCUCUUCUCGUGAUCCGCCAUUAGCAGGAGGCUUGUGGUGGAUUUGAUUCCAAAAUGCAGAUUUUUGUGAAAACCCUCACAGGGAAGACCAUCACUCUUGAGGUCGAACCCUCAGAUACCAUUGAAAAUGUCAAGGCUAAAAUCCAGGACAAAGAAGGUAUCCCCCCUGAUCAGCAGAGGUUGAUCUUUGCUGGGAAGCAGCUGGAAGAUGGACGCACUCUGUCUGACUACAACAUUCAGAAGGAGUCCACUCUGCACUUGGUGCUGAGGCUGCGCGGUGGUGCUAAGAAGAGGAAGAAGAAGUCGUACACCACGCCCAAGAAGAACAAGCACAAGAGAAAGAAGGUCAAGCUUGCGGUGCUGAAGUACUACAAGGUUGAUGAAAAUGGCAAGAUCAGCCGUCUGCGCCGCGAGUGCCCUGCAGAUGAGUGUGGUGCCGGCGUGUUCAUGGCCAGCCACUUUGACAGGCACUACUGCGGCAAGUGCUGUCUCACCUACUGCUUCAACAAGCCGGAGGAUAAGUGAGGAUAUGGACCGUAGCCAAUAAAAUGUUUAACAGUC